AUGAAAAAGACUGAAGACCAUCUUGAUGUCUUAAUAGAACAAUCGAAGCAGCAACUGGUUCAAGGCAUGAGCUUUAAAGUCUCCAUCCAAGCACUCCAGACCAACAUGAUGGAAGUAACUGAAAGGGCAGAACAAGUUUUAAAUUAUUUAGUGCUGAAUUCAACAACACCCUUUGAGAGCACCACCACAGCCAUGUCAGAUUUGGUUAGUACUAGAACAGCAUCUCAAUUCUCCAGUGUUGCAGAGAUAAUGAGGAUCACAAGGAAAGAGUGUGAGAGGCUUGAAGAACAACAAACAUAUUUGAAAACUGCCUUUGCUGGUUUACAAGAAGAGACCAUAAGCUCUUAUUCAACUAACAAUCAACCGACAAAGGUGAUGAAAGGAUUAGCAAAGCUGUUGCAGCCCCAAAAGGCCAAAGCAGAGCCUCCAGGAGACCCACCUUCUCCUGUCCACUCAGAACCACCUCUUAAGAUUGAGGAAGACUGCGCUGCUGAACAUCCCAAGAUCAAGUCGGAGCUGCAGGAGAUUCCGUACCCGGCUCUGCCCGUUCUCCCGUUCCCCUCCUCAUUCCCGGUAAAGGCGGCGCAGUACAGCAUCCCGCCCAAACUGAAGCUGGACUUGGCCCUCAUCAAACACCCCUUCCCUCAGCUGUCUCUGGUGUGGAGUCUGGAUGAGGAAGAUCCUGAUAUCCCACCCAUGGACACGUACAGCGUCUAUCUGACCACAGAAAUCGCGAUCGGCACCAACGUGUUUGAGCAGUGGAGGGUUCUGGGAGAAUACCCGGCCGCGCCCCUGCCCAUGUUCUCCCUGUACCACAAGUACAAGCCCAGGUACAAGAUCUGCGUGUGCGUGGUGGGGAAGGACAAGUUUGGGCGCUACGGACCCUACAGCAAGGUCAAGUGUGGAGUCAUUUGA